AUGUUAGCAUUAGGAAUCGAUUCAAUCAUAAUUAGUUUCGUGAAUGGUGACUUUGAAACGGGUAAUUGUACGGGCUGGACUAUCGGUGGUGGCAGUCGAAAUAAUGUCAUAUCAUCUCAAUUGAAACCCGAAGACUAUUUAAGUAAUGGCUCGCCUUGUAAUUCAAGCAUUACCAGUAGCCGUUCACAGAUUGUUACUAGUGGUAACGAUUCAAACCUUCCUAAUGAGAUGCUAAACAUUGUGCAUAGUGGUAACUACGCAUGGCGUGUUGAAGAUUACACCACAGGAGGAUAUGUAUCAGUUAUUAGCCAACAAAUGAAUAACUAUUUCUGUCGGAACAUCUCCUUUGCAUGGUUAGCGGUAUUGGAAAACGGUGAUCAUACUCCGGACCAAUCUGCCGCUGUGAUCAUCGAACUGAAAGACCUUACCGCUAACGCUACAGCACUGUCUCGCGUCUACAAUGCUAACAGAGAUGACGGUGGACGCGAUGAUCGUUUCAAUAAUAGUGGUAACUACUUCUUCACACCCAGUUGGCAAAUCGAGAACUUACUUAUCGCUAACAAUAGCAUCGGACACAACUUCACGUUAACUGUUCUCGCGGCAGAUUGCUCACCAACUGGUCAUAGGGGUUAUGUCUAUCUUGACAGUUUUGGUUGUGUUGCGCCUUAG